UUGCCUUCUACUAAAAUGACGAAUAACCAUCCUGCAGCGGAGACCCCGGAAGUUGAAGUUGAAAGGGAUAUGGGUCAGACAGUCAGCCAGAUUGGGAGCAAAUUCUUCCCCUCGAAGGAAUCUCCCCCAAAAGCAGAGGCUACUGUAGUAGUUGAAGUCGACGAAACCGAUUCAAAUGCCGUUCCCAGGAGCCCAGUGUCAUCCUCCCCGAAAUACCCUCUUGCCACACCCCGCCAGCCGCUCCGGCAAACCUCCGUAACACGAAAGUCCUCAGAAGCCUCAAUCUCAGAAACCCCGUCUAAGAGGUUUAAGGGUGACACGACAUACUUGAACUUUCCCUUCCUGUUGGAUGAGAAAACCAUUGAUUAUGUUCAGAACAAUAAAGUUAUGUUUAUCAUGAAGGGCUUGCCAGGAUCAGGCAAAUCCACCAUUGUCAAAACUAUUCAGGAGGUUUACAAGGACUCAGUCGUGUGCUCGGCAGAUUUUUACUUCAUGAGAAGCGGAAAGUACAAAUUCCGAGCAGAUAAGCUCAAGGACGCACACCAGGAUUGUCAGAACAAAGCCACGGCUUCAACAAGUAGAGGAAUGAACGUCAUAAUCAUUGACAACACAAAUGUGCGCAACUGGGAGAUGAAAUUCUACUUGACCCUCGCCAGGGAAUACCAUUACGUACCUGUGAUUGUGGAACCGCAGACUCCAUGGUGCAGGGAUGCCCACGAGCUGGCCUGGAGAAAUUCGCAUGGGGUGGAUGAAAGCAUCAUUGAGCAGAAGGUAAUUGUUGUGGCUAAUUUCAUCUUACUAAUUAAGUCAAGGGCUACCAAGAAGUUCUUCCUUUGUACUAUGGUUGGUUCUUUAAUGAAGCAGAUACAACUCUGUUUUGAAAUAACCAAUGAGUGGCUAAAACACUGCCUUCAGUUCAGAUUUCUUCACAGAGCUCUUGCAGAAAACUUAUUGUCAUCAAGAGAAGAACUCCUGAAAUACUAUAGCCGAUCUUCCUUUGUUGAUGGGGGAGCCACCUUACAUGCAACAGCAAUGUUUACAGCAAGAGGAAAGGCAGAAAAUGCAAUGGAAUAUAUAAAUAACCCCAUCGUAAAAAAUGCACAAGGCAAAGCCUUCUCUGUCGACAUCAUUGGCUAUGUAAUCACACCAUUCACCAUAGGAGCCAGAGUCAAACUUUCACCCAGCAUGCUUCAGUUGUGGGGAAACGAUGAUGAGGAAGCCAUGCCUGAGAACUUAGCUGGUAAUGAAGCCAAAAAGACACACAAGCAACACCGCGACUCUAAAAAGCUGGAUGCAAAUGAGAACUCUGAUAGUGUGGGUGACCUGAGUGUCUUGAUCUCAGAGAGCUGCCAGAACACUGUGAUUGCUGUUCCUCAGGAUAUGACAGACAGGUUCCGUCCAUCUGUGGGGAAGGGAAGCCGUGCACACAUUACUGUAGGCUGUGCACCAGGAGUGAAGCCCGUGAGAACAGGAUUUGACAUAAUAAGGGCAGUAGCACUUGAACAGAAGGCCAAGGAGAAGGGGGAAUUUGGUAUAUCUAAUCCCAGUGAGAAGAGUUUCAUUGUGCCUGGAGGUGUGCUUAGAACUUACGGAGAAUCUUGUUGGAUUAUUUACCCAGAAAACAAGUUGGUUGUGAGUGCCAUAUUUUCAUCAUACACUUAGAAAUGAAGGCAGUACAGGUUCUUCAGAAGAAAAGCUUUUCCUGUGAUGUUUUUUACUUUAUUUUGUACAAAUUCAUAUGUACUGAACAUAGAAUUUAUGCAUGCAAACACACAAAUAUAUUCAUUGAUUUGUAUAUACAUAAACCUGAAGUAAUAAGAAAUGUAGAUAUGAUGAAAUGGUUAUAUAUGAUCAUUUAUAUAGCUAUACCAGUUGUGCAGUUUUUAUAUAUAGUGAUGUAUUAUUUUA